AUGGCGGCGCCCAAGGUGGCCGUGGUGGGCGCCGGAGUCGUCGGGCUGUCCACGGCGCUGUGCGUGGCGGACGCGUUCCCCGCAUGCUCCCUCGCGGUGCUCGCGGAGCGCUUCACCCCCAGCACCACGAGUGACGUGGCGGCGGGCAUGCUCAUCCCACACACCGCUCCAGGCACCCCGAUCCACGUGCAGAAGCAGUGGUUCAAAGAGACAUUCACUCACCUUUUUGCCAUCAGCAACUCAGCAGAGGCAUCCGAGGCUGGCAUUCACCUCGUGUCUGGCUGGCAGGUCUUUAAGAGCACUCCCGGGGAAGAGCUUCCGUUCUGGUCUGACGUCGUCCUGGGAUUUCGAACAAUGUCUGAGGCUGAACUCCAGAAAUUCCCACAGCACAGAUAUGGUCAGGCCUUUACAACACUGAAAUGCGACUGCCCACCCUACCUGCUGUGGAUGGAGAAAAGGUUGAAAGCAAAGGGUGUCCAGAUGUAUACCAGAAAAGUAGCAAACUUAUGGGAGCUGCACAGCGAAUACGACAUUGUUGUCAACUGUGCCGGCAUCGGUGCCCACCAGCUUGUGGGGGACCAGCAGCUGUUCCCUGUCAGGGGUCAAGUGCUCAAGGUUCAUGCUCCUUGGGUGAAAAACUUUGUCCGGGAUGGGGACGGCUUAACAUACAUCUACCCAGGGAUAAGCAGAGUAACCCUAGGAGGGACCAGGGAAAAGGAGAGCUGGAGCCUCUCCCCUGAUCCCAGCACUAGCAAAGACAUCUUUGGCAGAUGCUGUUCCCUUGAGCCCUCACUCCAGGCAGCUCAGGACGUGAAGGUGCAGGUGGGCCUGAGGCCGUCCCGAGCGAGUGUGAGGCUGCAGAGAGAGGUUUGGAGCCAAGGAGGAGCCAAGCUCCUCGUGGUCCACAACUACGGGCACGGCUCAGGUGGCUUUUCAAUGCACUGGGGCACAGCCAAAGAGGCUGCUCAGCUGGUAGGGGAGUGCAUUGCUGCCCUGCAAGACUCCUCAUCGAGGGCCAAGCUUUGAACCUCAGAGGCUCUUUCCCACUAGUGACAGGCUAAUUGCAUCCCCUAGCAGCACCUAUGGACCCCUGGAUG